AUGGCAUCACCAAACGCACUCCUGCGAUGGUUUGCACUACCUAUUGCAGGCGCUUUGGCAAUCGACGCCUCCAUGUACGACGUCAAGGGUGGCUCGCGCGCAGUUAUAUUCGACCGAUUGACCGGCGUUCAGGAAAAAGUGGUUGGCGAGGGGACACAUUUCCUCAUCCCCUGGCUUCAACGGAGUAUUAUCUAUGAUGUGCGCACAAAGCCGCGGAAUAUUUCUACGACGACGGGGUCCAAGGAUUUGCAGAUGGUUAGUUUGACGUUGCGAGUGUUGCAUCGUCCGGAGGUGCCGAAUUUGCCCAAAAUCUACCAAUCCUACGGUACAGAUUACGACGAACGUGUCCUCCCCUCCAUCGGAAACGAAGUCCUAAAAGCCAUCGUCGCCCAAUUCGAUGCCGCUGAACUCAUCACCCAACGAGAAGCAGUCUCCAACCGAAUCCGGACAGAUCUCACGCGCCGCGCCGAACAAUUCAACAUCGCUCUAGAAGACGUCUCAAUCACGCACAUGACCUUCGGUAAAGAAUUCACACGAGCCGUCGAACAGAAACAAAUCGCACAACAGGACGCUGAGCGAGCGCGAUUUAUCGUUGAGCGGGCCGAGCAGGAACGGCAGGCGAAUGUUAUUCGUGCCGAGGGUGAAGCUGAGAGUGCAGAGAUUAUUUCCAAGGCUGUUGCUAAGGCUGGUACGGGUCUGAUUGAGAUUCGACGGAUUGAUGCUAGUAAGGAGAUUGCGGCUACAUUGGCUAGUAAUCCUAACGUUACUUAUUUGCCUGGUGGUGGUGAGGGGAAAGAGGGUAAGGGGACGAGUUUACUUUUGGGAUUGAGAUCUUAA